UUUGUCACAAGCGGCACCGUCUAGCAAUUCCAUGGUUCAAAUCCGGCUCGCCGUGUUCCAAGGUUGUGACUGAGCCACGUGACCGCACGUCCACGCGAUGUCGCGUCGACGCUUGCACGCGCCGCGGCUCUGCCGCCUUGCCACUCUCCUAGCUCCCAUCCUUGUGAACAGUCCAGACCACCAAUUCGCACGUUCCUAUUGCUACGAUCUCUAGGAUCUCCCGGCCAUUGCGGAACCCGCGGUAGCAUCGACGUCUCCCCCGGCGAUCGCGUCUUUCCGACAAUCUGCAUCCUUAGAUUUGCGCUGCCUAGAAGUCGCAGUCUAUUGAACCCGCAAUCGACAUGGCUCGGAAGAAGGUCGAGCUCAGCGAAUAUGAGCGGAAGCGACAGGAGAACAUCGCGAAGACGCAGGCGCUUCUGCGCAACCUAGAGCUGGAGGCCGCUCAGGCCGGCCUAGCCCCGACCGCCAAAACUGCUACCUCUGCGAAGCCAAAGCCGAAGAAGCCCGCGCCAAAAAAGAUUAAGCAGGAGGAGGUGGUGCCGCGGCGAACCUCGUCCCGUCUUAAGGGCAUUGAGGCCGACAGCGAUAAGGCAAAGCGGAAGGCAGAGGAAGAACACGAAGCGCGGAGAGAAGCGGAUAAGGCAAAGAGACAGCGUAUCAGCGAUGCCUACAACUUCAAUGACAUCGUGGUAGCGGGCAAGGGGUGGGAUACGAAUGGGAACUUUUUGUCCAUUGUAGGCCCCGCAAAGCCGUACGAGCGUACGUUCGAUGAACAAGAUGUGAAAGAAACUACCGAUAAAGAGUUGAGGGUGCUCCGCGAAAAGAUGAGCGGACUUGAGCUCUGGCCAGAAUUCGAACCUAAUGAACUAAAGAUUACUCCCGAGCGUAUCUAUGCGCUAGGAAUGCAUCCAACUACCGAGAAGCCACUGGUAUUUGCAGGCGAUAAGCUUGGAAAUCUUGGGAUAUGCGACUGCUCGCAAAAGGCACAGGAGGUCAAAGUGGAAGACGACGAAGAUGCCGACGUGGAGGGCCCUAGCAUAACCACCCUGAAGCCCCACACUCGGACGAUACACACCUUCCAGUUCAGCCCUCACGACGCGAAUGCCCUGUACUCCGCGUCCUACGAUUCGACUGUGCGUAAGCUGGACCUAGCGAAAGGCAUCGCGGUUGAAGUGUACGCCCCGUCCGAUCCCAACGAGGAUGCUCCCUUAUCCGGUGUCGAAAUCUCAAAGAAUGACGCAAACAUGCUGUACUUCUCAACACUAGACGGCCGUUUUGGAAUGUACGAUAUGCGCACACCCUCCGAGAAAGCAGCCGGUUUGGAGAUCUUCCACUUGUCUGAAAAGAAGAUUGGUGGAUUCAGUCUCCAUCCGUCGCACCCGCACUUAGUCGCAACAGCCUCUUUGGAUCGUACGUUGAAAAUCUGGGACCUGCGUAAGAUCAACGGCAAAGGCGAGUGGCGUCUGCCAGCACUAGUCGGCGAGCACGAGAGCAGACUCUCUGUGUCACACGCGGCGUGGAACUCUGCUGGACAGGUGGCCACCGCGUCAUACGACGACACCAUCAAGAUUCACGAUUUUAGCAAGUGCGCGGAAUGGAAGGUCGGCACAUCUUUGACCGACGCUGAAAUGAAGCCGUCGGUGGUGAUACCACAUAACAACCAAACGGGGCGAUGGGUUACUAUUCUUCGAGCCCAAUGGCAACAAUUUCCGCAGGAUGGCGUCCAGCGGUUCUGCAUAGGUAACAUGAAUCGCUUUGUCGAUAUGUACACAGCGAAAGGUCAGCAGCUUGCGCAGCUGGGAGGCGAGGGCAUCACGGCCGUUCCGGCCGUCGCCAAGUUCCAUCCGACGCAGGACUGGGUCGCAGCUGGGACUGCAAGUGGGAAGCUGUGUCUUUGGAUGUAGCCUCACUUGUCAGGACUUUCUUGCCUGAAGCGCUCGUCAUUUGGAAAGUACCGUCGCGAAGCCGUAUGGUCUCUAGUCUCGAAGCGGCUUUGGCCGAAGCUAGAGGGACGACUUGAAUACCAUCUGAAUUACAUGAAGAAGUAUUGAUUGUUCGUGCCUCUGGAAACGAUAUAUUGCUAGGUAAUCAAGAAGCAU